AUAGUUUUAUAACCUGUUAUUGGUGGUCCCAUGCUUCUCCUUCAUGGACACGACGAACCAGGGAUUCAGAUCGAGAUAUUGGAAUUUGUAUGAUGGGUCUCUUCUUUGUUUUCGGGAGUCGCAGCGCGGUUUGAAUUAGCUUCCCUCUCCAAAGCUGCUGAAGCUGUUAUAGUUUCACGAAGCAAGCGAAAUUGAUCAUCUAUGCGAAGUGGGUUUCUGUUCUGGUUGGGUCUGGAAGUCUUAAGAUUAGACCUCUGCUUCUUUGCUGUUCUGGGUGAAAAGGAUGUUAUUUCAUCAUUAUAUGAUUUAUGAUACCCUUAAGUAGUGGGUUCUCUAGUUCCCGUUAUAUCUUUCAUGGAGUAAUGAAUUGAAUUGUAAGCUUUCAGCUCUUCUCUGUGCUAUCUUUGAUCAACCUUCUUCUUCCUUUUUUGUUUCCUGGUUUAUUCUGCUUGUCUUUCGCCCUUUUUUUUUUUCUUUUCCGGUUCGUUUUGCUCGUCUUCCUCUUCUUUCCUUUACGUUUCACUAGAGGAACCAGUGCCUUUGCUGUUGAUAGAUAACGUUGAUUUGAAGGGCACCUUCUGGGGAUUCGGUGAAAUAUCUUGUUGUUGAACUGUGAUCCCGCCUUUCUUCGUUUUCUAUCUUUCUUAAGAGCCUUAUUGUGAUUCUGACCAGUAUUAAAUAUUUUGGAUCGAUCAGAAGCUCUAGGAGUUUACCUUUUAAGCUGUUUUAGGUGCUAAAUGUGGUAUUUUCGUGAUAGACUACCUGAUCUGGAAGAUAGUUGAAGCUUACUGAGUUCAGUUCAGUUGAUGUGCAAGUACAACUGAGGAACUAAACGAGGUUUCUGCCCCUUCUUACGAAAGAUAUCUUCUCCUUGAAAAAGGAUUUGGGAUAUAUAGAUUCAUUUUAGCUUUUCAUUAUUUAGAUUUAGUGUGACAAUGUCUUCUUCCAGACCCGACCAGUCCACCAGUAGUUCUAGCAGAUCUAGACACAGUGCUAGGAUUAUUGCUCAGACCACUGUCGAUGCAAAGCUUCAUGCAGACUUUGAGGAAUUGGGUAGUUCAUUUGACUACUCAACUUCUGUGCGCAUAACCAACAAGGUAUCGGGUGAUCAGCAACCCAGCAGGUCUGAUAGAGUAACCACAGCUUACCUCCAUCACAUACAGAAAGGCAAGCUGAUCCAACCUUUUGGUUGCUUGUUAGCCCUAGAUGAGAAGACUCUUAAGGUUAUUGCAUAUAGCGAGAAUGCCUCAGAGAUGCUAACCAUGGUUAGCCAUGCUGUCCCCAGCAUGGGAGACUACCCAGUGCUUGGAAUUGGCACGGAUGUGAGGUCCAUUUUUACUUCCCCUAGUGCAUCUGCAUUGCACAAGGCCCUUGGGUUUGGGGAGGUUUCUUUGUUGAAUCCUGUCUUAGUGCAUUGUAAAACUUCUGGGAAGCCCUUGUAUGCAAUUGUCCACAGAGUUACAGGUAGUUUCAUCAUUGACUUUGAGCCUGUGAAGCCAUAUGAAGUACCUAUGACAGCUGCUGGGGCCCUCCAAUCGUACAAACUAGCUGCCAAGGCGAUUGCACGCUUACAGUCAUUGCCCAGUGGGUGCAUGGAUAGGUUGUGUGAUACGGUGGUCCAGGAGGUCUAUGAACUUACAGGUUAUGACAGGGUCAUGGCCUACAAAUUUCAUGAGGAUGAUCAUGGUGAAGUUGUGUCUGAGAUCACCAAACCAGGCCUUGAACCAUAUUUGGGUCUACAUUACCCAGCCACAGAUAUCCCUCAGGCAGCAAGGUUCCUCUUCAUGAAGUGCAAGGUUCGUAUGAUCUGCGAUUGUCGUGCGAAGCAUGUAAAGGUGCUGCAAGAUGAGAAGCUUUCAUUUGGUUUGACAUUGUGUGGGUCAACGCUGAGGGCCCCACACAGCUGCCACUUACAGUAUAUGGAGAACAUGAGUUCCAUUGCUUCUUUUGUUAUGGCUGUGGUUAUUAAUGAAGGAAAUGAAGAAAGUGAUGAGAGCUCUGCUGCUGGUUCCUUGCAGCCACUGAAGAGGAAGAGGCUCUGGGGACUUGUGGUCUGCCAUAACACUACUCCGAGGUUUAUUCCAUUCCCUCUACGCUAUGCCUGUGAGUUUCUAAUCCAGGUAUUUGCCAUCCAUGUCAAUAAGGAGAUAGAAUUAGAAAAUCAGAUUCUUGAGAAGAACAUUCUACGUACACAAACACUGUUAUGUGACAUGCUGAUGCGGGAUGCACCUCUAGGAAUUGUUUCACAGAGUCCUAAUAUAAUGGAUCUGGUAAAGUGCGAUGGGGCUGCACUUUUGUACAAAAAUAAGGUCUGGUUCCUGGGAUUGACUCCAACUGAAUCCCAGAUACAUGAGAUAUCCACAUGGCUCUCUAACUCUCACAUGGAUUCCACGGGGUUGAGUACAGAUAGCCUGUAUGACGCAGGGUUUUCAGGGUCUCUUUCUCUUGCAGAUGUAGUAUGUGGGAUGGCAGCAGUUAGGAUAAAUUCUAAAGAUAUGCUUUUCUGGUUCCGGUCCCCCACUGCUGCUGAGGUUCAAUGGGGAGGAGCAAAGCAUGAUCCAAAUGAUAAGGAUGAUUCAAGAAGGAUGCACCCACGAUCGUCAUUCAAGGCUUUCCUUGAAGUUGUUAAGACAAGGAGUUUACCUUGGAAGGAUUAUGAGAUGGAUGCCAUUCAUUCUCUGCAGCUUAUUCUCAGGAAUGCUUUCAAUGAGAAUGAAUCCACCGCAGAUACGAACACUAGCAUGAUCUACUCACGGCUUAACAAUCUUAAGAUUGAAGGGAUGGAGGAGCUGGAAGCAGUGACAAAUGAGAUGGUGCGUUUGAUUGAGACAGCCACAGUACCAAUAUUGGCAGUCGGGUUUGAUGGGCUCAUUAACGGGUGGAAUAUCAAAAUUGCUGAGCUAACUGGGCUGCCUGUUGAUCAGGCAAUCGGGAAACAUUUGCUCACUUUAGUUGAAGAUUCUUCAAUUAAUAUAGUCAAGAGGAUGCUGCAUUUGGCACUUCAGGGGAAAGAGGAGCAAAACAUCCAAUUUGAGAUGAAAACUCAUGGUUCUAGGGCCGACAGUGGUCCUGUCAGCUUGGUUGUGAAUGCUUGUGCAAGCAGGGACCUUCAAGAAAAUGUUGUGGGUGUGUGUUUUGUGGCUCAAGAUAUGACUGGUCAGAAGGCAGUCAUGGACAAGUUUACUCGGAUUGAAGGAGAUUACAAAGCGAUUGUACAGAACCCAAACCCACUGAUUCCUCCAAUAUUUGGAAUGGAUGAAUUUGGCUGGUGCUCAGAGUGGAACCCAGCAAUGAUCAGCUUGUCUGGAUGGGAUCGCGGAGAAGUGAUUGAUAAGAUGCUGCUGGGUGAGGUUUUUGGGACUCACAAGGCAUGUUGUCGACUCAAAAAUCCCGAAGCUUUUGUAAAUCUUGGGAUUGUAUUCAAUAAUGCAAUAAUGGGUCUGGAAACUGAGAAGAUUUCAUUCAGUUUCUUUGGGCGGAAUGGGAGAUAUGUGGAUUGCCUGCUCUCUGUGAGCAAGAAAUUGGAUGGAGAGGGUAGGGUAACCGGGGUCUUUUGCUUCUUGCAGCUUGCUAGUCAAGAGUUACAACAGGCGUUACAUGUGCAGCGAUUAUCAGAACAAACUGCUUUGAAGAAACUAAAGGAAUUGACAUAUAUAAAGCAGCAGAUCGGGAAUCCUCUCUCUGGGAUCCUAUUUUCUCAGAAGAUGAUGGAGGGUUCCAAUUUGGGUGAAGAACAAAAACAGCUUUUGCGUACCAGUGUACGAUGUCAACACCAACUGAAUAAGGUUCUUGAUGACAAUGAUCUUGGAAGCAUCAUGGAUGGCUAUUUGGAUUUAGAAAUAGUUGAGUUUACUCUGCAAGAGGUGCUGGCUGCUUCAAUUAGUCAAAUCAUGAUUAAGAGCAAUGACAAAGGUGUUCGGAUCAUCAAUGAUACGGUAGAGGAAAUCAUGGCCGAAAUCCUCUAUGGAGACAGUCUGAGGCUUCAACAGAUAUUUGCUGAUUUUUUGUCGAUAUCUAUGAAUUUUACACCAACUGGAGGUCAGCUUGCAAUUUCUGCCUGUCUGACAAAAGAUAAGUUGGGAGAAUGUGUUCAUAUUGCAUGUCUGGAGCUCAGGAUAACACAUACGGGAGGUGGGAUACCGGAAGAAUUGUUGGGCCAGAUGUUCGAAAGCUAUGGGGAGACAUCAGAAGAUGGAAUAAGUCUUCUGGUCAGUAGGAAACUGUUGAGGCUAAUGAAUGGAGACAUUCGGUAUUUGAGGGAAGCAGGCAAGUCAUCAUUCCUGUUAUCUGCUGAACUUGCCUCAUCCCAGAAGUCCCCAAGCUCAAACAGAUCUAAGAGGGGAAUAGCUUUGUGAAAGAAUCUGCACAGAAAAGGAGGCAUGAUUGUCUUUUUUGUUGUGUGUGCAUGAUUGAGUUGAUUACCUACAAGCUCUUGCUUCCGUAAAGCAGAGUUUGAAAACGCCACCCCACCCCCUUGCCCCCCACGGAA